ACAACUGCCUAUUUGUUCAUUUAAUCCUUUGUAAUAAAAUAGCUUCCCAUCAGGUAAGAAGAGAGUAAAGUGUCACUUGACCUGGAAAAAAUCUGUAUAUGAAUCGUCUCAGGAUUGCUGGAUUUUCUGCUGGACUCAGUUUUGGAUUCUUAGUUAUUACAUUUGAGUCUUUGUGUUGGUGCCUGUUCUACUUUCUAAGGUAGUGUAUUUUUGUUGUUGUUGUUGUUGUUGUUGUUGUUAGUUCUACUUACUGUCUCUGUCCUCCUGCUUAUUCUUUGAUUGCUCUCAUCUGUGUCUCGUUGUAAUUCUCUAAUCAGUCUAUGUGUUCUUCUGUAUCAGGUUGUCCGUAAUAUUAAUCCUAUUUGAAGAUUUCAAGAGUGAAAAAGCCAAAGAUUUUUAUACAAAAGAAAGAAAUCUUUAACUGUCAAAGUUUAAAACCUCUUUUUCAUCAUUACUAAGUGUGGCUGGUAAUUGUAUCCAUGUAAUGGGGCUGCUCAGUUAGGUGAUUUAUCAGAGGGAGCAGGGUAGAUAUGCAGACGUGGGCAGUUAUAGACAGGCAUGUGUCCAUGCCACUAGCUUAAACAUGUUACUGUCAAUUCUUGCUAUGGCUAUGGUUCUAUAGUUAGGACAUUAGAGUAAUUAUGUAAGUAAUGAAACGAUUCCCAAAAUAGUUUCAAAUUUGUUGUCUGCCAGAACAACAAACAAUUCUGUUCUUAAAGUUUAGUAUUUGUCAUUUAAACAUUUUUGACUUAUUCAAUAAAAUAGCUUCAAUUCAUUUAAAACUGAAAAAUAAGUGUCUUUGAAAUACAUUUAAAAAAAAUAAGUGGAUGCUAUCAAAGUGACUCAUCUGUCCUCGUUUUUAUUUGCUUUAAGCACUGUCCUUAAAACUUCUGCCUGUAAAUCUAUCCAAAAAACCUAACCACAAAAACAACUUAAAAACAAAAAAAUCUGUAUUACUUCCAUAUUGUUUUGAUUAAGCACAAGACGCCAGUUAUGCUUUGAAAGGGGAAAAAAGUCCCUCAAAAUGUUAGAACGCAGUAUUUUCACCUUCUUUGAUGACUGGUUGAUUUAUUUCAUUUUGUUGUCGCAUACAUUUGUUUUGGCACAUUUGUUAAAUCCUCUGGCUGUGCAUUCAAAGACUUGUGAUUGUAACAUUAAAGUAAGUAAGGCAGGAAAUGCUUCAGUUUCAUGGGUUUUAAAAAGUUUGAGACUGAGUGGACUCCCACUGAAUUAAAAAUUCUUUAUCCACUUCAGUAGGCUAACAAAUGCAAACUGAUUUUUUCUAAUUUACAUCCUAGAGAAAAUAUGGUCCUUACAGUGAUUUUAUUGCUAGUUUCAGGCUAUGUUACUCUGUGUUCUCCCACUCAUCGGGAGUUCUACCUGAUAAACGGGGCUAAAAUCUGGGCUGAUGCCCAGAGUUACUGCAGGAGCAAUUAUGCCGACCUUGCCACGAUUGGCAGCCAGGAUGACAUGCAGAGGCUGGUGAACAUGGUAUCAGCCAGUGGUGUGACAGCAGAGAUGUGGAUCGGUCUAACACGAACAGGCCCACCAGCCUGGCUGUGGUCUGUGGGAGAAACUCAGAUCAAUGAUGGAGUAGUUGAAUACACUAACUGGGGCAGUUUACCAAGUUCCACUGACAACUGUGGAGGGAUGAGGGAUGAUGGGAAAUGGUUCAGCGCACCCUGUACAACAACGCUUCCUUAUGUAUGCCAAGAUAUUGGUUCCAGUGGGUUGUAUGUUGUUUUUCAAGGGACGAGCUGGCUAUAUGCCCAGCAGAACUGUCGCAUGAACAACAAAGACUUGGCCAGUGCGAGGAGCCAGGUGGAAAAUCUGGCAUUGCAGCAAAUAAUCAAUAGCGCUGCGUUGUCCUCAGUCUGGAUCGGUUUGUUCAGAGAUGAUUGGAAAUGGUCCGACCAGAGCGACAGCUCCUUCAGAUACUGGGCCAGUGGUCAACCAAAUUAUGAUGGACUCUGUACAUUGUACAAUCCAUCUCUCAAAGGAUUCAUGGACAGAGACUGUACUUACUCUCUACCCUUCAUCUGCUAUGAGGAAACAAAACACACCAGAACUGUUAAGGUGGAAUUUAAGUCAUCUUUGAACUUAAAUGACUUCAGUGUGAGUGAUGCCAUUCUGCAGCAGAUCCAAUCAAAGUACCAGAAUGCCAAGGUUUGGUGGAGAGUCCAGCCUGAUGGGAAAAUUUUCCAUAAGGAAGAGGAGAAGGAAAUCAAGGAUGCCUGUUAGAAUACGACAUGAAGUUUUCCUGCAGUGAAAAAUUACUCACGAUUUUGCAUGUAGAGAAUAAACAAAACUAGCCUAGCGUUAAAUGAAUAGAGAUAAAGGGAGACUUUGCUUUACUGUUUGUUUUUAAAGUCUGCUCACAUCAUAUUUGGAAUGCUUUCAUUUGGAGGGUUUUUUUAAGCAUGUGGCAAAUAUAAUAUGCAUAUGUGAUAUAUUAAAUACUCAUUAAAAGUCAGUUAAAAGUCUGUUGAUUUAUUACUCUGUAACCUGUAAGGGUAGACAUGAACUUUCACUAUUUUUUUCACAUGCUGUCUUUUGUCUGAAAACAUUAUAAUAAAGA